AUGGCCGCCCCCGCCUCUGUGACAGGCCUGAUCACGUGGACGCCGUCGCCUAUGAGGUCGUCGCGGCUCCGGCCGCGAUUGUCCCUUCCCGGGCCCCGUCCCGAGGAGGUGCCCGCCCUUGUCAACCAAAGCCCGAGCGAUCAUGGCAACGGGCUCUGGCGGGGACCGCGUGGCCGCGGCGGCAGUUUGGUCGCGGGCCGGGACUGCCGAGCGGCGGCGGCGGCGGCGGCGGUGGCACUGGCGCUGGUACCGGCCCUGAGCGCCAUGCAGCGGGGCAGCUCCGAGAGGGAGUUGGCGGCCGGCUGGGAGGCGGAGGCGGUGGCCGUGGCCGAAGCGCCGGCGGCGGUGGCGGCGGCGGCGGAGCCGGUCGGCGUGGACUCGGGCGCGGCCGGGGAGCCGGAGAGCAAGGCGCCGGAGGAGCAGUCCAAGGAGCGGGCCCGGGCGCAGCCCCGCGCGGCCGAGGAGGGGGACGGCCUGGUGACCCCGCGGCCGCCGCCCACGCUGCCCCUGGCCAAGCCGCAGCCCGCGCGGGUGCGGGGCGUCUGCCCGCACCGGAAGCCCUGGAGCAAGGGCCGGGGCUGCCGGCGGAGCUCGGGCCGCUCGGCGGACGAGUACUGCUCCCAGCGACCGGUCACCGUGGACAGCUCCAAGGCCAGGACCUCCCUGGACGCCCUGAAGAUCAGCAUCCGCCAGCUCAAGUGGAAGGAGUUCCCAUUUGGCCGACGCUUGCCUUGUGACAUCUACUGGCAUGGAGUUUCAUUUCACGACAAUGACAUAUUCUCCGGCCAAGUGAACAAGUUUCCAGGCAUGACGGAGAUGGUGCGUAAAAUUACUCUGAGCAGAGCCGUGAGAAUCAUGCAGAAUCUCUUUCCUGAGGAGUACAACUUCUAUCCUCGCUCUUGGAUUCUGCCUGACGAGUUCCAGCUCUUUGUUGCUCAGGUUCGAAUGGUGAAAGAUGGCGACCCCUCCUGGAAGCCCACGUUCAUCGUGAAACCUGACAGUGGCUGUCAGGGCGAUGGCAUCUACCUCAUUAAAGACCCCAGUGACAUCCGCCUGGCAGGGACCCUACAGAGCCGGCCGGCGGUGGUCCAGGAGUACAUCUGCAAACCUCUUCUGAUCGACAAGCUCAAGUUUGACAUCCGUCUGUAUGUCUUACUCAAGUCCUUAGACCCCCUGGAGAUUUAUAUAGCCAAAGACGGACUCUCUAGAUUUUGUACCGAGCCAUACCAGGAGCCCAGCCCCAAAAACCUGCACCACACCUUCAUGCACCUGACCAACUACUCCCUGAACAUCCACAGUGGCAACUUCAUUCAUUCGGACAGCACGAGCACAGGCAGCAAGAGGACUUUCUCUAGCAUUCUCUGUAGACUGUCUUCCAAAGGUGUUGACAUCAAGAAGGUCUGGUCUGACAUCAUCUCCCUGGUGAUUAAGACUGUCAUUGCCCUGACUCCAGAGCUCAAAGUUUUCUACCAGUCGGACAUCCCCGCGGGGAGGCCAGGGCCCACGUGCUUCCAGAUUCUAGGCUUUGACAUUCUUCUGAUGAAAAACCUGAAGCCUAUCCUACUUGAAGUAAACGCGAACCCCAGUAUGAGAAUCGAACAUGAGCAAGAACUUUCUCCAGGGGUGUUCGAAAAUGUCCCCAGCCUUGUCGAUGAGGAAGUGAAGGUGGCCGUGAUCAGAGACACGCUACGCCUCAUGGACCCACUUAAGAACAAAAGAGAGAACCACUUUCCAGAUAUCUAUGUGGACAGAAAACACAGAUUCCCUCCAGUUUCUGACAGAAUGUCUUCAUCGAUGCCUCAGCUUUCAAAGCUUUCCGUAGCCAGGUCUCAGAAGCUUAAGCAGCCACGAGCUGUGAAGGAAGAGCCUUCUGACAGCGAGCUGGCCAGCGCCUCCGACGCCAACGCCAAUCCCGAAGCGCACCUGCCCUCCAUCUGCCUCAAGCAGGUGUUCCCCAAGUAUGCCAAGCAGUUCAACUACCUGCGCCUGGUGGACAGGAUGGCAAAUUUGUUUAUCCGGUUCCUGGGGAUCAAGGGGACAAUGAAGCUGGGACCAACAGGCUUUCGGACUUUUAUCAGGAACUGCAAACUCAGCAGCAGCAGCUUGUCCAUGGCAGCCGUGGACAUCCUCUACAUUGACAUCACAAGGAGGUGGAACUCCAUGACGCUGGACCAGCGAGACUCGGGCAUGUGCUUGCAGGGCUUCGUGGAGGCUUUCUUUUACCUGGCUCAGCGGAAGUUCAAGAUGCUGCCUCUCCACGAGCAGGUGGCCUCGCUGGUCGACCUGUGCGAGUACCACCUCUCCCUCCUGGACGAGAAGCGCCUGGUGUGCGGCCGGAGUGGUGCGUCGGGGGCUCGGGCCCUGGACAGCGGAAUCCCCCAGGAGGCCGCCGCCUCGGCCCCGCUGGCACAGGGCACCCCCCCGGCCUGCACAAACAGUGCCCACAAGGUCUCCCACUCCAGACACGCACUGUCCUGAGGGCCCCUCGAUGCUGCGGAUGGAGAAUGAGCCCCUCCGGGCCGAAGAGAA